CGAGAACGUACGAGUAUCCUUCCAAAUUCAAUKGGGAAAACAACAAAUCAUUCAWUGUUGUCUGUKUGCGACAUAUUGCCAGUUGAAUUCACCCAAAGUGGCAAGACAACGGCGAAAAGUUUGUCAUGAGAGUGCACAGUCCUCGAUCAACUGCACGGUGUGGAAUUGUGCUCGUAUCCUUACUCGCGUCUACCGCUUCUUCGUUUCGUUCAUGCGAUCGGCAUGUACAAAAUAGUCGUCGAAAUUGCAACCCGAAAAUCAACAGCGAAUGGUUGACCUCGACAACGCCCGCUUUGUUCAAACCAUCACCCAAGUCAACCGACGUUGUAUUUCGAUUAUACCCCMCCAAUCGACCAACGACACUUGGAUCGCGGAAUAAUGACGUUCUCCUUACCAUCGACGACGACGACACGGAUUAUCUCGUAACCGACUCACUUCAGGUUCGGGACGAAGACCGCCCAUCCUUGGUGGAAGCUUUGAACAACCCUAGAGAUAUUCUUGCUCUUUUGUUGGUURUACCAGUKGCAGGAUCCGUGUCGAUUUGCAACCUUUUCGGACUUUAUACCGAUGUUUACACCGAUUUGGAAGUUUUAUCAAUUGGGCUCGGGGUGGUUUCUGGUUUGGCUGCCUUUCUGCAAAUCGCGACUGGUUACAACAUCAAAAACCACUCGAGGCGUUUGCUAGUAAACGAUUCCAAUGUCAAUAUAUACGCUGGCGUAUAUGCAUUGGCUACGUCAUGGUUGGCACUCCGGGCUAGUAACGCUUGCCCGGAAUGGCUUGCAUCUAUGGAUACCGUUUUCCCAUGGAUGURCUUUUUUGUCUUCGUGAUGUCGGCGGUUGUCCCCGCCAUUACGCUGUUCAAUCCGGGAAAGUGCCUCGACGGUACUCCGCCUCUCUCRGAUACGGAAUUGCUACGAGCACGGGGGCUUUUGGCAAUCGGGAUAUUGGCAUCUGUCUUUGCUCCGGAUUGCCUCGCGUUUGGUCUCGGUGGAAGCGAAUGGUGGGAUCGCGUGUCUUCUCUCCAUCCAUCGCAACGAGUACUGGAAUCAUCGACAUCGCUCUUUGCUCUCUAUGCCAAUGAAGCAUCGAUGAUCGCCCAUCGAUGCGGAAAGCUUGGGGUGGCACCCUAUCGACUGCUGGUUCCGGCGUUUGCUUCGGUCUGCUUCCUCUUGGCCAUUCUUCCUUGCAUAGCGGCGCUGUAUUGGAUGGGGGACUCAGUGAGCUUUUUCAGCUUUUAUCGGGCGUGAUCGAGUCAUUGAGAUUUUCAUAGAUUGCUAGGGCGACGAGGGGGUUUAAUGACACAACAUUAGAAGCUUGUAGUAGUA